CUCCAUCAGGUACGUUUUGUGACUCUUCUUUCUGCUUCUUGGCAUCCCCGGAUCUCGUUGAGCACCGACGGGCGGGUUUUUUUCUCUCUCCAUCAAGUCUUGUUAUUCCCAGUUGCACAUUUCCAGCCUGUUUGUAGUAUAUUUAUUGUUGAGUUGGAUUUCAUCGGCACUAGAUCACGUUAGUAGCUUGAUGAGAUUCAGUCUCGAGGGCCGGCGGUGACAGAUUUUUCCUUCUUUUUUUCCCCCUCUCCUUUUGGUCAUCGCGAUCAACCCCAACAAAAAGCACAUCUCAAUCCUCCCCACCCUCUUUGUAUCAUCAUGAAUAUCGCCAGGCUGCUUCCAAGGCUCUCUCGCCCAAUGGGUGGAGUGCGAGGCAUUCAGAGCCAGCUUUCUCGUUUCUCGACCUCAGCACCACUGUCUUGCCCACCCCAGUCAUCCUCCCAACCGCCAGCUGCUAAUGAUUCUGCCUCCACGCCUUCAGGCCGAUUCAUCUCUGCUCUUGCCCAGAACAAAGAGUGGGCAAACAAGACAGCCGAGGAGCACCCUGAGCUGUUCCCUACUCUUGCGUCCGGCCAGAAACCUGAGAUCCUCUGGAUCGGUUGCUCUGACUCACGAUGCCCCGAGACCACCCUUCUGGGUAUGCUGCCCGGUGACGUCUUCGUCCACCGUAACAUCGCCAACAUCGUCCACGGGGGCGACAUCAACUCGGCCUCCGUAAUCGAAUUCGCCGUCCGUCACCUCAAGGUCAAGCACGUUGUUCUGUGCGGACACACAAAGUGUGGUGGCGCCGCGGCCGCUAUGGGUAACUCGGCUCUGGGCAUCCUCGACACAUGGCUGCUUCCCCUGCGACAGAUCCGGGAACAGAACCUGGCUCUGCUCAAGUCUUUGCCGGCCGCCGAGGCCACACAAAAGCUGGUGGAGCUGAACGUUCAGGAGGGAGUCAAGACCUUGAAGCAGAAGAGCGUCAUCUUGGAGGCCAUCGAGGAGCGUGGCCUGCAGGUUCACGGAGUCAUCUAUGACGUCGGCACUGGAUCAAUCCACGAGCUGGACACCAAGGAGUCCGAGGAGACGAUCAAGUCUCGAUUCGAGGCAUUCAAGACGGCAUAAUGGAGGAGAUGUGGACGAUGACCAUGAAGUAUAUUUUUUAUCUGUUUCAGCGAUGUUGGAUUUGAAAUCCGGGGAGUUUUCGAUUGUGAUGGAGGGAGGGGGUAUCUAUAAACAUGUCAGCAUAGACAAGACGGCUGUACUGUAAUUGUGAAUCAACGUUUUUAAAUAAUCUUCGAAGAGAGCAACAUUAAAUAAAUCCACUUGGAGUGGAGAUGUAUGUAGGAGAGAGAAAGAGAGUAAGAGAAAAGAAAGAAAGAAGAAAGAGGAGGGAGAAAGACAGCAGGUCC